ACUUAAAUUCAACUUUCUAAACAAACAUCUUACUGAUUAAUUAUAUCAAUGAGGAUUGAUAAUAUUGUUCUUUGUGUGCUGUUGUUUUCUGUCCAUGUGGUAGUAGCUUUUGCUUCAAGCUCAAAAUCAAAUUGGAUAAACCAUGGUGGAGAUUUGUUCAAUAGAAGAUAUGCAAUCAGAGAGCACAAAAUCAAUCCAAAAACUGCUCAAAAAUUAAGUUUGAAAUGGAAAUCUUUGCAGGCAAUGAUAUUACAGCAACACCAACAAUAUACAAAGGAAUCCUUUAUUUUCCAAGCUGGAAUGGUAACCUUUAUGCAAUAAAACAAAAUGAUGGCUCACUUGUGUGGAAGAAAAAUUUGGGAAUAUUGACAGGUUUAAAUGGAACUGGAUUGGUUAUUAAUGUAAACUGGACUGUGGCUAGAUCGACACCAACCGUAGCUAGAGAUUUGUUGAUUGUUGGAAUUUAUGGGCCUGCUGUUGUUAUUGGUCUCAACAGGAGUAAUGGUGAGCUUGUUUGGUUGACCAAGUUGGAGAAUCAUUCUAAAGCAGUUGUUACCAUGUCUGGAACUUAUUACAAUGGGAGUUAUUAUGUUGGAACAUCUUCACUAGAAGAACAAGUAGCAAUUGAUAUGUGUUGCACAUUCCGUGGAAGCUUUGCACAACUUGAUGCUAAAACUGGUGCCAUCUUAUGGAAAACCUAUAUGUUGCCAGAUAACAAAGGAAAGAGAGAUGAAUAUGCAGGAGCUGCCAUUUGGGGAAGUAGUCCUUCCAUUGAUGUUCAUAGAAAACAUGUAUAUAUUGCCACUGGAAAUCUCUAUUCUGCUACAAAAAACAUACUUGAAUGUCAAGAAAGACAAAAUAAUGAAACUACUCCUAUUGAACAAGACAAGUGUGUUGAGCCAGAAAACCACUCCAAUUCAAUCUUAGCCCUUGAUUUGGAUUCCGGUAAUAUCAAAUGGUACAAACAAUUAGGAGGAUUUGACAUAUGGUUUUUUGCAUGUAACAAUGCUUCGACACCUAAUUGCCCUCCUCAAGGUUCUACACCAGAUGCUGAUUUUGGAGAGGCACCAAUGAUGUUAACUCCUUAUAUAAAUGGAACUAACAAAAAUAUUAUUGUUGCUAUUCAAAAAAGUGGAUUUGCAUGGGCAUUGGAUCGUGAUAAUGGAUCACUUGUAUGGUUUAUGGAAGCGGGACCUGGUGGAACAGUUGGAGGUGGAACAUGGGGAGCAUCAAGUGAUGAACAAAGAGUUUAUACAAACAUUGUAAAUUCUGAUAACAAAAAUUUCACACUAUUACCAUCAAAUAUAAAUAUAACAACCGGAGGGUGGGUAGCCAUGGAUGCUAGAAAUGGAAAAGUUUUAUGGACUACAGCUAACCCUAGCAAUAAUACUGCUAGUGGUCCUGUUAGUGUGGCAAAUGAUGUUGUUUUUGGUGGAUCUACGGAUAGAUUAGGACACAUAUAUGCAAUGAAUGCAAGAAAUGGUAAAAUUUUAUGGUCUUAUGAAACUGGAGGUAGUGUUUAUGGAGGCGUGUCAAUUAGCAAUGGAUGUAUUUAUGUGGGCAGUGGAUAUAGUAUCUCUCUAGGGUUUUUCCUUAACUAUACCGGUGGAACUUCACUUUUUUCAUUUUGUGUCUAAAGAAUUUAUAUGGUCAUGAAUGUAUAUAAAUAAAAGCAUGUCAUCAUGAAUGUCUCUCUAGGGUUUUUCCUUAACUAUACUAGUGGAACCCUCACUCUUAGAACUUAUGGGAAUUGUCUAAUGGUUGUAUCUUCAUCUAUUGUUUUCUCCAACACAUAUUUCACUCACUGACUUCAUAUUCAUAUCUUCUACCUUAACAUAUAGUGAAUCAAGUGUUUAUCUUAAUUACGAGGUUGAUAGUAAUUGUGGUUUUUUGGUUCUCUCUUGGUGGACUCUAAUCUGUUGAUGGUAGUUAUAGUUGUCUAAGAUCUAGGCCGAACCAUAUGGGUGAGGUUCUAGAUACUUGAAUGUUUUUUUUUGUGAGAGUCAUCAAUUUUGGUGCAUCUCUAUGCUUUUUUGGUUUGCUUGUUGUACCUUUUGGUCUUUAAUUGUUGGGGUCACUUUAGCAUUUCUUGCACUAAUUGAUAGUCUCCUCUUUUGUAUUUUAGUUGUUUCAUCUUAGGGGGCG